CGAUGCCAGGAGAAGCUCGUCCGCCGUCUUUUUCUAACUAACUCCGCUGGCUGGCUUACUGUUGGCACAGUAUGUACAAAUGUACAUGUAUGUGUUGGUUCUCCUCUGUCGUAUAUUCCCUGAGAUGUCGCCCAAGAGAGAGCUGGCCUAGAACUGGGCACACAUGUGCAUGCCAGAUGCGGCGAAGAUCGGAUCUCAUUUUUGUCGAUUUCCCACCCGAUCAAGCUGUGGCGCACUCUUGAAGUUUUAUCUCUUCCUUCCAUAACAGCUACCCAUGUAAGUCGAGGAAAUUGUUGGUCUCCAUCUCCCAACUCUGUGGUUGCCAAGAAUAGUCCCACCAAGCCCGCCGCAAGAACUGCCAGAAAAAGCAGCCUCCUGAUUACUACGGUCUCUGUCUGAACUGUGUGCGUUGUUUCCUGGGCUAUCUACCCGAGGGAAUCCUGUCCAGUCAGGUGUUUGGAAAGUGUUCAAAGUGUGAAAAAUGAUCUCGUGAUAAGGCUUCAGAAUGAAACCAAUCAUACCUCUUCUGGCCUUGGGCCUGGUCUCAUUGUCAGAGAGUUACACACCUGUGAGCCGUGGUUGUGAAGAGCGAUCAUGCUAUCCAGCGACGGGUAAUCUACUCAUUGGACGACAAGACAAACUGGAAGCCACUUCCACUUGUGGCUUGGAGAGGAGGGAACGCUAUUGUAUUCUCUCACAUUUGGAAUAUUCGAGGAGGGAUCAAAAAUGUUUCUGGUGCGAUUCUACGGACCAAGGGGUCGAGCAAAACCCUCAGACUUCUCACCGAAUUGAAAAUCUGGUCUAUCGAAUGGAGCCCCCAGAUGCCGAGCCCGCCCGCCAAUACCGUACUUGGUGGCAAGCUCAAAAUGGGGUGGAGAAUGUCACCAUUCAGUUGGAUCUGGAGGCGGAAUUUCACGUGACCCACUUGAUCAUCACUUUCAAGACGUUUCGACCGGCGGCCAUGUACAUUGAAAAGUCCUAUGAUUGGGGUCAGACUUGGAAGAUUCAUCGAUAUUUCGCCUACGAUUGUGCCAGGUCCUUUCCCGGGAUUUAUGAAGGAGCUCCACGGUAUCUGAACGAAACCGUUUGUCAAAGGCGUUACUCGCGACUCACGCCCACAACUUUUGGGUCGGUGAUUUACCGAGUGCUGCCCCCCAACAUCAACAUCCACAGCCCUGGAUUUAACCCAUACUCGAAGGAAGUGCAGGAUUUACUCAAGACCACCAAUCUUAGGAUCCAUAUGACCAAACUUCAUACUCUGGGAGAUGAAAACUUGGAAACAGAGAGGCUGGACAUCAAGGAAAAAUACUACUACUCCAUUUACGACAUGACAGUCCGUGGAUCUUGCUCUUGCUACGGUCAUGCGGAGCGAUGCCUUCCCGAAAAAGUAGAACACGAGGCGAUUAUGGGCAUGGUUCAUGGCAAAUGUGACUGCACCCAUAACACGAAAGGAAAUAAUUGCGAAUACUGCUUGGACGAUUACAACGAUGUUCCUUGGCAACCCGCGACAGGAAAGAAGAAGAACGAAUGCAAAAAGUGCAACUGCAAUGACCAUGCUUCGAGUUGUUACUUCAAUCAAUACGUCUAUGCUGCCACAGGAAAUGUGAGUGGUGGGGUGUGUAACAACUGCUCACAUAACACCGACGGUAUUCAUUGCGAAUAUUGCAAAGAAGGCUUUUUCCAAGUGCCCGAAUUAGAGCUGAAUGAUCCAAACAUUUGUGAACAAUGUGAUUGUGAACCUGAUGGAACCAUUGAUGGUGGUCUUUGCGAUGGUCGCACUGAUCCCGAAGAAGGGCUCUUAGCCGGCCAAUGUCAUUGCAAGACAAAUGUUGGCGGAGAGCGUUGUGACCGAUGCAUGAAUGGCUUUUGGAACUUCACACUAGAUAAUCCCGAUGGAUGUCAAGAAUGCAAAUGCAUGCUAGAGGGCAUUGUUUCCAAUGAUGGAUGCGAUCAAGUCACAGGCGAUUGUACUUGUAAACGAUUCGUGGUUGGAAGGGAUUGUGACCAAUGUAUGCCACAACAUUAUGGGUUAUCAAUGGAUGAUCCCAAUGGGUGCAAAGCUUGCGAUUGUGAUAUCGGUGGUUCUUACGAUAACAACUGUGAUGUCAUGACGGGUCAAUGUAAAUGCCGACCCAACAUUGGUGGACGACGUUGUGAUACCGUGGAUGAUGGAUAUUAUUCCGGAGGAUUAGAUUUUCUGCUCUUCGAGGGAGAACUUGCGUUUGGGAGUCAAAAUCCGCCAACCAAAGUAAUCAGGAAGGAACCCAGUUCGCGACCGGAAGACAACACUUGGACGGGCUUUGGAUACAUGCAAGUCUACGAAGGAUCCACGCUCACUUUUGAUGUACCAGCCAUUUUCAAGGACUUGGAUUACGAUCUCGUGGUCCGAUAUCAGCAACAGCCCAACCAUCCGAAUCCUUGGGACAAUGCCAAAAUAGAACUCAUUCGAAUAGAUGGAGCACCAGAUCCCAAUGGAAAAUGUAAUGAGACCAAUGACGGACCGACCCAGUUCUCCAUGCCAAACAACCAAAGACACACCAUUGUGGGGAAUCCCGUGUGUCUCGAAGAGGGACAACGCUAUCAGAUCAAACUGACCUUCGAUCAAUAUGACCCUAACACCCCGGAUCCCAAGUCCAACAUCUUGAUUGAUUCGAUUGCCUUAAUACCUCGAACCGAGAGCUUGGAAAUCUUUGAAGGAUCGCCCAUGGCCGAGCAAAAGCGGGAAGAGUACGAAAACUAUCGUUGUCGGGACUUGUUCCUCGCCGUUCCAACGCCGGAGAUUCCGGAGGAGUGUCGAGCACUCUUGAACUCGAUCUCCUACUAUACUUUUGAGGGUGGAUAUAACAAACCUUGCGAGUGCGACAACACGGGAUCCGAAUCGACCCUUUGCGACAAAUACACUGGUCGUUGUCCUUGCAAGAAAAAUGUCGUUGGAAGACGAUGCGAUCGUUGCGCUCCGGGAACCUUUGGGUUUGGUGCCAGUGGAUGCCAACCUUGCAAUUGCCACAAUGUGGGAUCCUUGGAUCCUUUCUGUCGAGAGACUGAUGGUCAAUGUAACUGUGCCGAAAAGGCCUAUGGUCGACGAUGUAACGAAUGUCAACCUGGCUUCUGGAACUUCCCCAACUGUCAGCCUUGUCAGUGCAAUGGUCAUGCUGAUAUAUGUGAAGCUCAGACCGGGCAAUGCAUUAACUGUAGAGACGCCACGGACGGUCCGGAAUGCGGAGUCUGUCUUGAGGGUUAUUAUGGGGAUCCAACUUUGGAGGCCAAUAUCCCGUGCCGUGAAUGCCCUUGUCCCAAUACCAAAGCGAGUGGCCACUCAUUUGCCGAGCGAUGCUUUUUGGAUACCACUAACAACGAACCCGUCUGUGAAUGUGACCUGGGAUACUCAGGUGCCCGUUGUGACGUUUGUUCUGACAACUACUACGGCAAUCCAGAGAUUCCCGGAGGAUCUUGUGUCUCUUGUAACUGCAGUGAGAACUGGAACUUCCAGGACACGGGCAAUUGCGACUCGAGUUCGGGUCAGUGCUUGAAAUGUUUAUUCAACACCGAAGGUGAUCACUGCGAAUAUUGCCAAGCCGGAUUCUUCGGAGAUGCUGUUCAAGGUCAAUGUGAGGCUUGCAUUUGUAACAUCUUGGGCACAGAUCCCAAUCGUUUUGACUGUGAUCGAUUUACUGGAGAGUGCCAUUGCUUACCGAACGUGGAGGGCCGAGAGUGCGACAGAUGUCGAGAAAACCACUGGAAGCUAGCAAGUGGUGAAGGUUGCGAGCAUUGUGAUUGUGACUUCGUAGGCUCUACUUCCGAGACUUGCAACGUGUUUGAUGGCCAAUGUGCUUGUAAGCCCGGAUUUGGAGGCCGUCGGUGCGAUCAAUGUGAAGAGAACUAUUGGGGAGACCCAAGAGUUGAAUGCUACGACUGCAAUUGUAAUCCACAAGGAUCACAAUCAUUCCAAUGCGAUCAUCAAACUGGCAAAUGCGUUUGUCUUGAAGGCAUUGGGGGUGAGAAAUGUGACGAAUGUGCCCGCGGCUUUGUCCAAGAAAUGGCCUUAACAUCGGAUCAUCCCGUUUUGGACCGGAAAAUCCCAUUCACGGAUCUCCCAAGAUGUGUGGAGUGCGGGGAGUGCUUCACUAAUUGGGAUCGCAUUCUUUUGGGACUUCAAAACCAGACCAGGGAUCAAGUACAAAGGGCCGAGCAAGUCAAAAUCACCGGAGUCACCGGCGCCUACACUCGAGAUUUCGUCGAUAUGGAGGACACUUUGAGGGAAGUCAAGGGUAUUCUGACUAGUGCUUCCGUAUCCAAUGAUGAACUGAUUGGUGUGCAAGCAGACAUUGAUCGAAUUAAUGUGGCCCUACAAGGAACCAAUCAAAAUAUGGAGGAACUGGAUAACAAUCUCAGUAAUCUCCAACAAUCCAUUUUGCAAGGCUCGUCCAGUUUGGACUUUUUGAGAAAAGAGGCCGAUACCCUCAAACUAAAUGCCCAAGACAUGAAGGAACAAAUUACUAGCCUCCAAGAGGCCAACGUAGAGGGUGCUCUCAAUCUGACUCGUCAAGCCAAGCGUCGAUCUGAUGAGGCUGCAGUUCAAGUUCGCGGUAUCGAGACCGAGGGCGGAUUAUUGGCCAACUCUGAAAAGCAACGCAAAGCCACUGAGACUCUCAUGAACACCUCCAAAGAUCAGUUUACGAGCACCCAAGAGCAAAACCAGCAAAAGUUGAAUGACAUUCUUGUCCAAAUCGACAACUUGGAGGCGAAAAUUCCGGAUUUGAAUCGACAGAUUUGUGAUGGUGAUACCGGAGCGGACCAACCUUGCGAUACACUUUGUGGAGGUGCAGGUUGCGGGAAAUGUGGAGGCAUCUCUUGUCUCAAUGGUGCUCUUUCCAAAGCUGAGGAAGCCGUUAGUUCGGCGAAGGCUGCCGAUGAGGUCUUUUCUGAAAAAGACAGGGAAGCAGAGAGAGUUUUGCGCGAUAUCACGAAGACUCAUCAAAACGCUUUAGGGGCCGUUCAAGAGGCACAGAGAGCAUUUGACUUGGCUAAUGAAGCCAAAAAUCGAUCAGUGGGAGAAACCACACGAGUGGAUAGCCUCGUUGAUAGCAUCAAUGUUUACACAUCAGGAGAUAAAGCCUCACCCGAAGACGUUCAAAAACUUGCCGAUGAAUGUUUGGCAGCGGAAAUGGAUUUGGAUUCCUCAGAAAUCAGUGGAUUGGCGCAAGAAAUUAACUCUGCCAUCGAUUCUGUUACCAACGUGGAUCAAAUUUUGGCCGAAACGGCUGAUGAUCUUAAUCGAGCUCAAGAAUUGCAAAGAAGGGCCGAUUUCACGAAACAAAACGCCGAAGAGCAACUCAAACAUGCCGAAGAGGUCACAAACUUCCUCAGCCAGGCGGUAGAAGCCCAAAAUAUGGCGGACAUUUCCAUUCAGAGCGCUCAAGAGGACAUCGAUUCAGCGCGGAAGGACCUCUCUCAAAUCGCGAGUGGCAUGGAUGAAGCCAUUCGCUCCGUGGAUCAAUCUCUCAUGGAUGUCCAAGAUCUAGCACGGCGUCAGCAAUCGCUACAAACGAGCUUUAUUCGUAAUGCCAAGCGAGUCAACGCCUCUCGAGAUGCGGCCACCAAGGCCAAAAACCAAGCCAGUGAGGAUAAUACCGAGUUGUACAAUCUCAACCUCGAGUUCAAAAACGUGAGUGGUAGUCUGGACGCCAAGACCAAUUCCAUCGGGAGUGCCAAGGACCUGGCAGUCGACCUCCAACGUCGAGCGAGUGAGUUGGCCACAUCCGCUUCGAAUAAGCUCACCAACAUCCAAGAUGUGGAGAAGGAGUUCGAAGAAACCGAGCGACGUCUUCAAGAACUGUCGUCUGAGUUGAUGGCCUUGAAUUGCGAGAUGAACAUUCAUUUGCAAGUGAUCGAGGACAAGUCGAAUUACUAUCGCACGUGUUCCCCACCCAGCACUUGGAGUCCGUCCGCUACUUGUGUGUGUCGACCAGGAGCUCUCGAGCCAUCUUGCAACAGUAGAAGAGCCAUUUAUGAGCGAUGAAAGUAGUGCAUUAGUUGUUGAGUUGCAGAGCAGAAGCGCAGUUGAAUGGGGGUACCUCGUCCAUUGUAAUCCGUGGACUUUUUACGAUGACCGACUGAACUAACGAGCGCACGAACGAUUUAAAUGAGCAAGUGAAUGAACGAAUCUUAGUAGUCAAGGAUGUGCAACGACUUUCACGUCAAAUAGGACACGCAUGUGGCAAAUGGACAUGCUUAUGGAGGUUCAAGUUGGAUUUGCUUUUCUUCUGUCUUGUACAAAGGCUUGUAAUAGUACAGUGAGUAGUGUUUGGUGCUCGAGGUCUUGGCUGCAUAUGCCUUCUUACAUGUGGUGUAGAUAUGUGACAUAUAUAUGUGUACAUGGAUUUUUUUUACACAUCUGAUAAAAUGAGAAUGAUGAUAAUAUUAAUAACAACAACAACAACAAUACCAAUAAAAAAAACGCCUGUCUCUAGUAGUCGGUCUCUUGGACAAAAGGCGUUUAUUUAUUUA